AUGCAGAAGCAAGUGGAGGUCAGGAUGGACGAGAGCCACCUGGAGCCAAUCGUGGACACUUCUGAGGGCUUUUGCAGCUCUUUCUGUGACAAGAUCAUGAAGAACAUGGUUCUCACUCUCACAAUCCUUGGUGUGUUUCUGGGCUCCAUCGCCGGGAUGCUCCUGCGGCACAUAUCGCCCCUCCCCGCCGACGUUAUAAUGAUCAUUGCCUUCCCCGGGGAGAUCCUAAUGAGGAUGCUGAAGAUGCUUAUUUUGCCGCUCGUCGUUUCCAGCCUGGUCACAGGGCUGGCCGGUUUGGACGCCAAAUCCAGCGGCCGCCUGGGAACCAGGGCCAUGGUCUACUACAUGUCCACGACGGUGAUCGCGGCCGUCCUGGGAGUGAUCCUGGUGCUGCUCAUCCAUCCAGGCAACCCGAAGCUGAGGGCCAACCUGGGACAGGGGAAGAAGAACGACGAGGUGUCCAGCGUGGACGCCUUCUUCGAUCUCAUCCGAAACCUCUUCCCGGAGAACUUGGUGCAGGCCUGUUUCCAGCAGGUAGGAGGAAGCGCUCACCCACCACGACAGAAAAUAAAACACAACCUGAAUCAUACGCCAAACGCUCCAACUGCUUGUUCUCUUCCUCUUUUUUUUUUUCCUGUCAUCCAGAUCCAGACGGUAAUCACCAAGGUACCGGUGCCCACCAACAGAACCAAAGCACCUCCGCAGUUCACCGUCAAGAGGUCGCUUCAGUUCAAGAGUGGGAUGAACGUCCUGGGUUUGAUUGGAUUCUUUGUCGCUUUUGGAGUCAUUAUGGGCAAAAUGGGAGAGAAGGCCAAGCUCAUGUUGGAGUUUUUCAACGUCCUGAAUGAGAUCAUUAUGAAGCUCGUUAGCGCAAUUAUGUGGUACUCUCCUGUCGGUAUCGCCUGCCUCAUCUGCGGAAAGAUCAUCUCCAUCGCCGACUUGGAGAUGGUGGCGCGGCAGCUGGGGAUGUACAUGAUAACGGUGAUAGUGGGCCUCAUCAUCCACGGAGGGAUUUUCCUUCCGCUGAUCUAUUUUGUGAUAGUGAAAGAAAACCCCUUCAAGUUCUUCAUGGGAAUCUUCCAGGCCUGGGUCACGGCGCUCGGAACGGCGUCCAGCGCCGGCACCUUGCCCGUCACAUUCAGAUGCUUAGAGGAGAACCUGGGCAUCGACAAGAGGGUGACGCGCUUCGUGCUCCCGGUGGGCGCCACCAUCAACAUGGACGGCACGGCGCUGUACGAGGCGGUGGCGGCCAUCUUCAUCGCUCAGAUGAACGGCAUCGAGCUCGACUGGGGCCAGAUUGUUACUGUGAGUAUGACAGCCACCUUGGCCAGCGUCGGAGCAGCCAGCAUCCCCAGCGCUGGACUCGUGACCAUGCUCCUGAUCCUCACGGCGGUGGGGCUGCCCACUCAGGACAUCAGCCUCCUGGUGGCUGUCGACUGGCUGCUGGAUCGUUUCCGUACCUCGGUCAACGUGGUGGGAGACUCGUACGGAGCGGGAAUCGUGUACCACCUCUCCAAAGACGAGCUGGACAUGUACGACGCCCAGCAGAGCCGGCUCGACGACUUCGAGAUGGCAAAGACGCAGUCGUUCUUUGAAAAUAACUCCAACCAGAAUGUAUACGCUCACCACAACUCAAUCUUGAUAGACGACUGCAAGGUCACCAUGGGCAAAAAUGGCAACACUGCAGAGUUCUCUCUUGUUGAAGAGGAACCGUGGAAAUGCGGAUAAAGCAGAUGCCGCCGCACCUUACCCUGAGUUUCACCAG